AUGUCGAAAAACAACGACGCUGCUAUAGCAAACGACUCGUGGUUGCAUAGCGAGCAAGCCACUCGAGCUAUCGAAUAUUGCGAACAAGACUUCAUAGAAGCGCGCGACAGAGUCCGUAGAGAACUAGAUCCGUAUGAUAGCGAGCUACCCGAAAACGUCGUCCGCGAACGAGAAUUCCCAUUCGCGAACCUUGACGCAAGUUUAUUUCAAAACGAAUUCAACGCGACACGGCAACACCGUGUAAAACGACGAACGAGACCGUACGAGAGUCGCACCCCUAGUCGCGUUUCGUCACGAGGGGAGUUCUCAUUCACGUCCUACGAGUCCGACAUUUUCGACCCAGCUGAAUUUUUUCAAACGAACGCGAUGCCUAACGACAGGCAAGCAGAAACUCAACAGUUCAUCGCCGGUGCAGAACAGGAACUACAGAACCUGCACCAAGAACUAAGUGCUAAUGCGCCAAGACUCGCACGCACUGCUACGCAAAGAGACGAUGUGCAGGACAUACGGGAAGCCUUACGCGCAAUGAUGCACGAAGUCAGGAGACUGACCACCGAAGUCAACGAGGUGCGAGAAACAAAUUCGCGAACACUACGUACACACGCGCCUCGACAAACGCGAUAUAGCCGGCGUGAAACCGCGUUCGAAUACCCGGACGACGACGUGCGCCGACAGAGAGGUCGCGGAAUAUUGUCACUAAAAGAAGCUCGCGGAAUGAUACCUGAGUUCGACGGCAACGCGAGUAGAUUGCAGGAAUUUUUAAGUGCCAUGACUUACGCGAUCGAGAAUAUAGAUCCGUCGGAUGAAGUAUCCUUACUAGGAGCGAUAUUGUGUACUAAACUGAAAGGACGCGCCAUGUUAGACUUUCAGACACGCAAGAUAAGCGAUUUCGUGCAAUUAAAAACGGAAUUAGAAGCGUGUUAUGCGAGUAAACAAAGUACAACGCAUUUACAGCUCGAUUUUAAUACCUUGAAGCAAAGGCCAGGGGAAAGCGCUCGAGCUUACGGACUACGUACAGAUAAGCUCACGAUAGACCUGUACGAGUCGAUGAUCGAAGGCCGACACCAAUACACGGCCGAGCAUAAGCGCAUCAUUUUAGAAAUGCUGCAGCAGCAAGCAUUGGAAAAUUACCAAAUAGGGCUACGCGAAGAUACAAAGGCGGUAGUCCGAUCGCGCGGAUACGUUACGCUACAGGACGCGAUAGCAGCCGCAAGCACCGAGGAAAGAAUCAAGGGUCCCGCCGGGAGUAACACGAGACGGACACCCGACUCGCCGAGGCACUACGACAAGUCCGAUGCCCGUUGCCGAAAUUGCGGCAAGUAUGACCACUACAGUAAGGAUUGCCGGAAUAACAGGAGCAGUAACCGAUACGCCCUGCCGCAACCCGACAAACGCAUAAAUGCAAUCGACAAGCAUUGCAACCAUUGCAAAAAGCGCGGACACACUCGCAACGAGUGUUGGAAUUUCCACGGACGGCCUAAGGCAAAGGUAACGAACGCGCAAGGAAAGAUGCAAAGCGCCGAGAUAACGGGAGCAAGAAAGAAAGCGAUAACGCAGAAAAGGAACUCUGACUCCGAGCACAGUAGCGAGGAAGAAGGAGCGACGAGCCGCACGCAGAGCGCGACGAUAUCGUUAAUAAAGGUAAAGAACCUAAAGGGAAAAACAAGAAUUUAUCCCGAAGAAAUAUCAUUGGUAGGAAUAACUGGUCACCGAGUGCAUACUAUAGGAAAGAUGCAAGCCACUAUCAAGAUAGGUGAGCGAGAGAUUAAACACGCCAUAUACGUAAUAAGAGACGAUUUUCCUAUGGAAUACGAGGGGAUAAUCGGCCUCGAUUUCCUGCGCAAACAGCAUGUAUCAUGCGACUAUAAAAAUAAGACAGUGACUAUAGAAGAUGUCAUGCAACAACAUCUCAAUCCAGAAGAACGAAAGGCACUCAACCGGAUCUGCAACGAAUAUCAAGAUAUAUUUCAUUUGAACGGAGAACCUCUGACGUGUACCUCGACGGUGAAACACGAGAUCAGCACGCGAGCCGAUGCCGCGCCUGUGAACGUGCGACCGUAUCGCCUCCCCGCCAAACAUAAGGAGGAAGUGAGUACACAAAUAAAGGAAAUGCUGAAAAAUAGCAUUAUCCGCACUAGUACGAGCCAGUGGAACGCACCCCUGUUAGUUGUGUCGAAGAAAGCUGACUCGACUGGAAAAUUACGACUUCAAAUAGUAAUCGACUUUCGAAAGUUGAAUGAUUUGACUAUUGGCGACUCAUUUCCAUUGCCAAAUAUUGAUGAAAUAUUGGACCAGUUAGGAAAUGCUAAAUAUUUCACGACACUAGAUUUAGCGUCGGGGUACCACCAGAUACCCAUGGCUGAGCAUGAUAAACCGAAAACCGCAUUCUCGACACCGUAUGGACACUACGAGUACAAUCGGAUGCCGUUCGGACUUAAAAAUGCGCCAGCCACAUUCCAGAGGCUAAUGAAUUCUGUGCUUACUGGAAUGCAAGGACUUAGAUGCCUCGUAUAUUUAGAUGACAUUGUCAUAUACGGCUCAAGUCUAAAGGAACAUAACAAGCGCUUAGAAGAAGUGCUACUACGCCUACGGGAAGCUAAUCUAAAGCUACAACCCGAUAAGUGCGAGUUUCUUCAAAAAGAGGUGAAUUACCUCGGCCAUAUUAUUUCUAAGGACGGGAUAGCGCCCGAUCCCGGAAAAUUACAGGCAAUCAAAGAUUUUCCAGAACCACGCAAGGUCAAGGAUAUUCAAUCCUUCAUCGGACUUGCAGGUUACUAUCGAAAAUUUAUCAGCGACUUUUCUAAAAUUGCUAAACCAAUGACGAAGCUAAUUAAGAAAACUGAAAAGUUUGUCUGGACUACCGAACAGCAGAUAGCGUUCGAUACAUUGAAGGAAAAAUUGAUGACGGCAUCCGUGCUACAAUAUCCGGACUUCACCAAGGAAUUCAACGUGACCACGGAUGCUUCCGACUAUGCAAUCGGAGCAGUCCUGUCACGGGGACCGGUAGGUAGCGACCGUCCUAUUGCUUACACAAGCCGAGUAUUAAAUCGCGCGGAGCAAAAUUAUAGCACUACCGAAAAGGAGUUGCUAGCCAUUGUGUGGGCUGUCAAGCAUUUCCGCCCAUAUGUGUACGGCGUGAAAUUUAAAAUAGUGACAGACCAUAAGCCACUUACAUGAUUAUUUAGUGUAAAUGACCCCGGAUCGCGACUUAUUCGGUGGCGACUAAAAUUAGAAGAGUAUGAUUAUGAGAUCAUACACAAAGCCGGUCGAGCGAACGCGAACGCCGACGCGCUGAGUCGAAACGUGAAGCGGGAGGCUCACGUUACGGAAGACUCUGAUAAGAUCUUCGCGCUCGAAGAAGACACUGUACACACACAAUUAAGCACGCCAAUAAAAAAUAAUGAAAGUAUACAGGAGUAUACUGAAGAAGAAAAGAAACAAAUUCUCUAUGAAUACCACGAUGCCCCGACAGGAGGACAUCAAGGAAUCGAGCGAACGAUAAGAAGAAUUCGCCUAAAACACAACUGGUAUGGAUUAACAGCCGACGUAGAGAGAUACAUAAAAAAAUGCGAGCUCUGCCAGAAGAACAAACUCUCUCGCAGAAUUAAAGCACCGCUAGUUAUCACCGAUACACCAAGCCGACCAUUUGAAAAAUGCGCGCUGGAUAUCGUCGGACCGUUAACUUUAACAAACAACGAAAAUCGGUACCUGCUGACAUUUCAGGACCACCUAACAAAAUUUAGUAAGGCUAUGCCCCUUCCUAACCAAGAAGCGAAUACCGUAAGUAAGGCAUUCGUAACGAAAAUCGUCCUAGAAUAUGGAAUUCCGGAAUGCAUAUUAACAGAUCAGGAAACUAAUUUUAUGAGCGAAGUAUUUAAGAAUACUUGCAAACUGCUCAAAAUUAAGAAGAUACAGACAACGGCUUAUCACCCUGAAAGCAACGGCGUAUUAGAACGAUCGCAUCGAACCUUAGCAGAGUAUCUAAGGCAUUUUAUUAAUAAGGAUCAAAUGGACUGGGACGAGUGGAUUCCGUAUGCUAACUACACCUAUAAUACCACCCCCCACACCGCAACAGGGUACACUCCCUUCGAAUUAAUUUACGGGCAUCCUCCCGAAUUACCAACAGCGCUAGCCAAGCCGCCUAAAAGGACGUACAGCUACGAUGACUAUGCGCUCGAGUUACGGGAGAGAUUACGUGCCACUAAUAGUAUCGCCAAAGAUAACAUAAGGGAUGAAAAGCAAAAGUCGAAAGAUUAUUACGACCGCUCCGUAAAGGAAACUAAUUAUAAAAUUGGCGAUAAAAUUCUACUUUUCGACGAAAUGCUUCGCCGAGGGCGUUCUAAGAAAUUAGACGCGCAAUGGACCGGACCCUAUACCAUUACCGAAAAACACUCGCACGUUAAUUAUACGGUAAAAAGGGGAAGACGGACAGUUCGCGUACACGUAAAUCGCAUUAAACCGUUUAUUGAGGGAUAACGCGAAAAUAAAAAA